ACGGUUGAUGAUGAAGCAAUGGCAGCAUAAAUGAAGAUCAAGUAAGGAAGGCAGAACGAUGCCCAAGGGUGGGUGUUCUAAAACACCACAGCCAGAAGACUUCUCUCUCAGCAACGACAUGGUGGAGAAACAAACGGGGAAAAAGGAUAAAGAUAAAGUUUCUCUAACCAAGACUCCGAAGUUGGACCGGAGCGAUGGCGGCAAAGAGGUGAAGGAGCGAACGACCAAACGGAAGUUGCCUUUCACUGUUGGAACAAAUGGAGAUCAAAAAGACUCAGAUACAGAAAAGCAGGGUCCUGAGCGGAAGAGGAUUAAAAAGGAACCCGCCACCAGAAAGCCUGGCUUGCUCUUCGGAAUGGGCCUUUCGGGGAUCCGGGCAGGAUAUCCACUGUCCGAGCGCCAGCAAGUUGCUCUCCUUAUGCAGAUGACAGCAGAAGAGUCUGCAAACAGCCCAGUUGACACAACACCAAAGCAUCCCUCUCAGUCUACAGUUUGUCAGAAGGGAACUCCUAACUCUGCCUCCAAAACCAAAGAUAAAGUAAAUAAGAGAAACGAGCGAGGAGAGACUCGGCUGCAUCGAGCUGCCAUCCGAGGAGAUGCCAGGCGCAUCAAGGAGCUCAUAAUCGAGGGUGCAGAUGUCAAUGUGAAAGACUUCGCAGGCUGGACAGCAUUGCACGAGGCUUGCAACCGGGGUUACUAUGAUGUUGCAAAGCAGUUGCUUGCUGCAGGCGCUGAAGUCAACACAAAGGGGUUGGAUGAUGACACCCCACUGCACGAUGCAGCCAACAACGGGCACUUCAAGGUGGUGAAGUUGUUAUUACAUUACGGAGGGAAUCCUCAUCAAAGCAACAGGAAGGGCGAGACGCCUUUAAAAGUAGCCAAUUCUCCCACCAUGGUGAAUCUGCUCUUGGGAAAGACCACAUACCCCUCUAGCGAAGAGAGCUCGACAGAGACCUCAGAAGAGGAGGAUGCCCCUUCCUUCGCUCCCUCCAGCUCUGUUGAUGGCAAUAACACAGACUCAGAGUUUGAGAAGGGUUUGAAGCACAAGCCCAAGGCCCAGGAGCCCCCCAAAACCAUUACCCCGGUGAAAGAUGAGUAUGAAUUUGAUGAGGAUGAUGAGCAGGACCGGGUUCCACCUGUUGAUGACAAACAUCUGCUGAAAAAGGAUUACAGAAAAGAGACUAAAGCAAACAGUUUCAUUUCCAUACCCAAAAUGGAAGUGAAAACUUAUACUAAAAAUAACACAAUUACACCAAAGAAAGCUGCCCACCGCAUCCUGUCGGACAGCUCGGAUGAGGAGGAGAGCAGUGUUGCUGUGGGGACAGGGGAAAAGCUGCGACUUUCGAGCCACUCGAUACUGCCCAGCAGCAAGAUUCGAGAGCCCGCCAGCACAAAGCCACAGAAGGAGAAAAGCAAAGUAAAAAAGAAGCGGAAGAAGGAGACAAAAAACAAAGAGGUUCGGUUUGGCAAAAAAAAUGACAAGUUUUGUUCCUCUGAAUCAGAGAGUGAAAACGUGGAGAGUGAGGAGGAUGAUAGAGACUCUCUUCAGAGCUCUAGCUGUGUAAAGGACUCCAGGCUAGUGCUAAAGGAAUCCUCCUUGUUUAACUCUCUGUCUGCCUCAUCGACCUCUUCUCAUGGGAGUUUAGCAUCCCAGAAACAUAAUGCUAAUCUUACGGAACAGCACUCCAAGCACUGGAGGACGGACAAUUGGAAAACCAUAUCUUCUCCAGCUUGGUCAGAUGUCAGUUCCUUAUCGGACUCCACCAGGACGAGACUGACGAGCGAGUCAGACUACUCGUCCGAGGACUCGAGCUUAGAGUCACUAAAGCCAGUCAGGAAGAAAACAGAGCACAGAAAGAAAAACACCACACACAACACUGUUUCUGAGAAAAAGAAUUCAUUCCAUAGCAAUGUGGAUGGAGCAAUUCCAAAGCUGGACAAAGAGGGGAAAGUUGUUAAAAAGCAUAAAACAAAACACAAACAUAAAAACAAGGAGAAGGGGCAGUGUCCCAUCAGCCAAGACAUUAAAAUAAUCAAAACAUUUUCUUUUGAGUUUGAGGACUCUAAACAAAAGCCUGAGAAAGGCUUGAUAGUAGAGACAGAAAAUCCAGUCGAAAACAAACUAAAGGUGUUAAAGCAUGAACGAGAGCACAGUAAGAAGGAGGAAAAGCUCCCCAAAGGUAAAGCCGAAGAGAAGGAAUGGUUGUUUAAAGAUGAGACUGGAAAAUCCUUGAAAGAGGAGAAAUCAUUAAGAAAAGUCAAAGAUGGUAGUAAAGACAUGAGCAAAUCCUUCAGAGAAGGAUUAAGUAAAUCAGAAAAAGAGAAACCUGUAAAGGAGAAGUCUCCCAAGGAGGAGAAGCCAAGACUACACAAGGAGGAGAGAAAGAAGAAAUCAAAGGACAAGCAGUCAAAAUCUGAAAAGAAGAAUGAGCUGAAGGAAGAGAAGGUUUCCAAACUAGAGAAAGAAAAAGCUUUCAAGGAAGAGAAAGAAAAAUGCAAAAAAGACAAACUUUACAGGGAUGAGUCUGGGUUUGAUGAGUUUAAUAACAAAACCCAGUUUCCCGAAAGCGAGGACACAAAGUUCAGCCUUUCAGAUGAUCAGCAAGAGAGGUGGUUUUCAGACUUGUCUUCUGACUCAUCCUUCGACUUCAAAGGUGAAGAUAGCUGGGAUUCUCCAGUAACAGAUUUCAGGGAGAUUAAAAAUGACACCGUGGCAAAACUAAUCAUAGAACCUGUAAAAGAGGAAACUAAAGACAAGAAAAAGGAAAACAAAACAAAAGAGAAGAAGGAAUACAAUGAGAAACGUAAUGAAAAGGACACUUUCUUAAAGAAGAAAGAAAGGGAGUACAUGGACAAAAGCUCCGAGAAGAAAAAGGACCAAACAGACAGACACAAAGUUCCUCCUAGUUAUUUGCCUGAAAAGGAUAAGAAGAGGAAGGAUUCUGCAGAGAGUGUCAAGGAGAGGAAAGAAAAAGAUGCAAGUGAAGCCACCAAAGACAGAAAAGAUUCCUCUGAUGGCUCUAAAGAUAGAAAAGACACCAAAACGAAGCAGGAGGAGCCCUAUCGAGAUGAAUUUAAAGAAUAUGGCUGCGAAACGUUCUUCAAGGAUAAGCCUGACCCUGAAUUCAGUGGUAAAACUCUGGAGAGCUGGGAGAGACACCAUUCUGGGAAGGAAAAGGAGAAGAAAGAUGCUCCUGAUAAAGAAAAAAAAGAAAAGGCAAAGCCAGAAAAAUACAAGGAAAAAUCCAAAGAAGGCGACAAGGAGAAAAGUGAAAAAGUUGCUCCUGAGAAAGUCCUGAAAGACAAAGAACUCGACAAGAGUUUCAAAGAGAAAAAAGAAACUAAAGAGAAGUACAAAGACCCACACAGCAAAGAGAAAGAAAGGAAGAGUUCUUUUGACCAGGUUAAAGACAAGAAAGAUAAAAACUUCUCUGCAGAUCGAGAGGACUUCUCUGAGAAAAAGGAUGAGAAGAAAGGCAAGGAGAAAAGCUGGUACAGCAUUGCAGACAUCUUCACAGAUGAAAGCGAAGAUGAGAGGGAUGAGUACAGCUUGAGUGGGUUCAAAGUUGGCGACUCUUCUGGGAGCGACAUGCAUCGUCUGGAUAGUCUGCAGGAGAAGGAGGAUGGUGCAGCUGCAGAGAAGGAGCUGUACCCUGAGAAGCACCGCAAGUACUCCUCCGACAGGCAGCACUCAGGAGAGAAGCAGAAGGAUAAGGACUCCAAGGAGAAGAAAAAGGACAAAGGUACAUCAGAAGGGGGAAAAGAGAAGAAGGAAAAGAGUUCCUCUGAAAAACACAAAGAGAAGAAAGAUAAAGACUCUACCGAAAAGUACAAGGACAGGAAAGACAGAACGUCCAUAGAUUCCACUCAGGAGAAGAAAACCAAGCAAAAGCUUCCAGAAAAGGUUGAAAAGAAACAUGCCAAUGAUGAAAAGGUGAAAAGCAAGCAUAAGGAGAAGCCAGAUAAAGAGCACUCCAAAGAGAAGAAGUCUUCGAAAGGAGGGGAGUCAGAGAAGAGCCUGCUGGAGAAAUUGGAGGAGGAGGCUCUGAACGACUAUAGAGAUGAUUCCAAUGACAAAAUCAGUGAGAUCUCUUCUGACAGCUUCACAGAUAGAGGACAAGAUCCAGGACUGACCAGUCUCUUUGAGUCUUCUAACCUCUCUCUUACCGAUGCCACUGAAGAAAAGUUUAAGGACUCUCUCCCUUUAACCUGCUUGCAGGACAAACUCAAGGAGAAGGAGAGACACAGACAUUCCUCAUCUUCGUCAAAGAAAAGUCAUGAGAAAGAAAAAGCAAAGAAGGAGAAGACAGAGAAAAAGGAAAAAACAGAAGAAUUCAAAGACUCCAGCAGCAGAAAGGAUUCCACUCAUUAUGAAAAAGAUUUCUCUGUGGAUGGGGAAGCUUUUAGCACUUCCUACAAUGUGAAGACAGAGGCUGAUGAGGAACCAGAGAAAAGCAUUGAUUACUUAUUUUCUGAAAAGAAAGAUAAAAAUGAUUCUGAAAGAGAGCUGUCAAAGAAGGCGGAAAAAGACAAGAGUUACAGCUCCAGCACCAUCAGCACAGCUAAAGAGAAGAAGAAGCGAGAUAAACACAAGGAAAAAUGGAAGGAGGAAAAGGAAAAACACAGAGACAAACAUGCAGAUGGUUUCUUCAAACAUCACAAAGAUGAUCCGAAGUCAACGCUUAAGGACAGUCCUCAGGUUACUGCCUUUAAAGAUAAAUCAAAGGAGGACAAUCUCAAAUUUGGUGAAACCAAACUGAAGGAAAAGCUCAAGGAGAACCAAGAGAAAGAUAAAUCAGAGUCAGUAAAAAUAAGCAAUGGGAAUGAAAAAAUAACCCUUUCCAAAGACACCGCCAAGAAAGAAGCCAGGCCAAGGGAGAAACUUCUGGGAGAUGGUGAUCUGAUGAUGACCAGCUUUGAAAGGAUGCUGAGCCAGAAAGACCUGGAAAUUGAGGAGCGCCACAAAAGGCACAAAGAGAGAAUGAAGCAGAUGGAGAAGAUGAGGCACAGGUCUGGAGACCCCAAGUUAAAGGAUAAACUUAAAACCUCAGAAGAUGCACGGAAGAGGAGUCUGGAUCUGGCAACUAAGAAGCCGUUAACGCUGGAUACUCAGCUCAAGGACAAGAAGCUGAAAGAGCUGGGCCCGCUGACUCCUAUGCUGUCACCAGAAAACAAGACCCAGCCUGCUGUUGGGACAGACUCUAAGGACUGGAUAACAGGUCCUCAGCUGAAGGAGAUCCUCCCAGCAUCUCCCAGGCCUGAUCAGAACCGGCCAACGGGAGUCCCAACCCCAGCAUCCGUCGUAUCUUGUCCAAGCUACGAGGAAGUCAUGCAGACACCUAGGACUCCUUCAUGCAGCAAUGAAGACUACACAGACCUGAUGUUUGAAUGUGCAGACUCGCAGCACUCACUGCCCAUAUCCACCAUGUCCAUGAACGCCUGUUCUCCAUCCUUCUUCGACAGAUACACCAACGUUUCCAGUGUCCUCCCUGAGAACCCUGGUCAGACCCCAUCUCGGACCAUACCCUCCACGAACCUUUAUCGUUCCAUCUCAGUUGAUAUCAGAAGAGCACCUGAAGAAGAAUUCAGUGUUGGGGAUAAAUUUUUCAGACAGCAAAGUGUUCCAGCAACGUCAAAUUAUGACUCUCCAGUGCCACACUUAAUGGAGGAGAAAGUUCCUCUUCCUUCUGUCCCUGCUGAGAAGUUCCAGUGUUUAUCUCCUGGGUAUUACUCACCAGAUUAUGGGGUUUCAUCACCCAAAGUGGAAGCUCUGCACUGUGCACCAGGAGCUGUCAGUGGAGUUUCCCAGUCGCCUGAAAGUGUCUUUUCUGGUUUACAAGCAAAAUCCUCCCCUUCCCACAGGGAUGAAUUGCUGGCUCCUUCAGUAGAAAGUGCUCUUCCCCCCGACCUCGGAAUGCCCUUGGAUACCACCGAAGAGCAGCAAGCUACGGCUUCCAUUAUGCCACCAGAACCUACUUACUUACCAUCAAUCGAAGAAAACCAUUUUAGUUCAGGUAUGCCAGAACAGAACAACAUAGACUGGGAUAACGCUCAGUCCAGGAACACUGAUGCUGGCAUUCCUCCCAGCCUGAUGGGUAACCCGGCAGAGCACUCGGUCAACUGGUCCAUGGGCUCAGAGCUUCUGAUGAAAUCACCCCAGAGGUUCUCCGAGUCCCCUAAAGCACCACUCUGUUCACUAGAGCCGAUUCAUCCUGCACCAGUAGCCUUCAUUCCCACAGAUACUUCCUACCCUGUUUCUCCCAUAUCUUACCCUCUGUCGGUGUCUGAACCAAGGCUUGAUGAAGUCAAGCAGAAUGCUGAGGAAGCAGUUCCAGGAGAGACAGUGAAAGCUGAAGGGCAAGCUCCAUACAUGUCCCCUACCAGGUUAGACACGUUCUUCAAUACCUGUAAGCCUAUUCCAGAAGCAGCACCUGAGAUACCUCCAGAGCCCCCUCAUGUGCCAGCAGAACCUCAGGCAGAAGUUGGUAGCGCACAAGAAAACAAAUACUUGGAUAACAAUAAAGCUGCCCCUGCAAAUACGGAGGGUGCAGUAACGUGGCCUGAUCCCUUCACCAAUACAGACGACUUGGACCUCGGCCCCUUCUCGCUACCAGAACUGCCGCUCCAGCCUAAGGAUGCAGAGACAGAGGCAACCAAGGCAGAAGCAGCAGAGGAAAGCGCAGCAGCAGGUUCAGAAGCAGGCGCUGGGGUCAUCAAAGCGAGCGCAUCCACAGUAGCAUCCGGUGAGUCCGAGGAGGCACCAGCCAGGCAGGCAACUGCUGUCCUGCCCGCAGAGACAGAGCCGAAAGCAGGGGAGCAGAAACCAGAAGUAGCUGCAAAAGAAGCCAGCUCAGAAGCGCAGAAUGUAGCCCAGGAAAAGGGAGCGGAGAACUCGGAAGCACAGGUUCCAAAGCAGACCCCAUCUGAGUCUGCUAAGGCAGAGAGCAAGGAGGCAGAGGCUGCACGUGAAGACAAGUCAUCUUCUGGUGGGGUGGCAGAGAGCAGCUCCCAGAGCUGUCCCCAGCCCGUGUCCACCACGGAGACCAGUGUCCCACAGGAGGGUACUGUGACACGCAGUGCGAGCCAAGCCCCCUCCUCACAGGCAGAAGCUCCUCCAAGCAAUGCUAAACCAGAAACUGUCGAACCGGUGCAAAAACCAGUAGCAGAAGCUCCCAAACCACCAAAAAUAGAAGAGAUUCCUCAGCGGAUUACCAGGAACCGGGCUCAGAUGCUCGCCAACCAAAACAAGCAGAACGCUGCUGCUGCUGAGAAGGAAUUUCCUCCUGUUUCUGCGCCCGUCACACGUGCCAAGAGCCGAGUUACAGAGGACGAUGAUUCCCAGGCUCAGCACCCGCGCAAGCGCCGGUUCCAGCGCUCCAACCAGCAGCUGCAGCAGCAGAUCAACACGUCCACCCAGCAGACAAGGGAGAUGAUACAGCAAACACUGGCAGCUAUUGUGGAUGCUAUAAAACUGGAUGACAUCGAACCUUACCACAGCGACAGGUCCAACCCCUACUUUGAGUACCUCCAGAUCAGGAAAAAGAUUGAAGAGAAGCGGAAAAUCCUUUGCUACAUUACUCCCCAAGCUCCUCAAUGCUAUGCUGAGUAUGUCACCUACACGGGCUCCUACCUGUUGGAUGGCAAGCCUCUAAGCAAGCUCCAUAUUCCAGUGAUUGCACCACCACCGUCACUUGCCGAGCCUCUGAAGGAGCUCUUCAAGCAGCAGGAAGCAGUGCGAGGAAAGCUGCGGCUUCAGCACAGCAUAGAACGGGAGAAGCUCAUCGUUUCCUGCGAGCAGGAGAUCCUGAGAGUUCAUUGUCGGGCAGCAAGGACUAUUGCCAACCAGGCUGUGCCCUUCAGUGCCUGCACCAUGCUGCUGGACUCCGAGGUCUAUAACAUGCCUCUAGAAAAUCAGGGAGAUGAAAACAAAUCAGUCAGAGACCGUUUCAAUGCGCGACAGUUCAUUUCCUGGUUGCAAGACGUGGAUGACAAGUACGAUCGAAUGAAGACGUGCCUGCUCAUGCGCCAGCAACACGAAGCUGCUGCUCUGAACGCAGUGCAAAGGAUGGAGUGGCAGCUGAAGGUGCAGGAGCUGGACCCUGCGGGGCACAAAUCCCUCUGUGUGAACGAGGUGCCCUCAUUCUACGUGCCAAUGGUCGACGUGAACGAUGACUUUGUCCUCUUGCCGGCAUGACAGUUCAAAACCAGGAGACAUCACUGAACACUGGCACGGACGGGAGCCCUCCGAGGUCGGGCGGUCGAGCUCACAUUCACCCUUACCGCUUGCUGAUGAAUCCCUGGUCAGAGGAGGAGGAAGCAGCUAUCGGCAGACAACAAAACAAUGAGAAAAUAAUUGCACUUUCUUCACAACGUGUCCCUCCCUUCCAGACUGAAGGCAGCUCUGCCGGGUAGUGGGCCAGGGCGCAUCUCCUUUGCAGGGAGGCAGCCGGGCUGCACGGGGGGAGCGGGCACGCAGCGGCCAGGAGACUGGCACAUGCGCUGAGGGGAUGCCAAGGACACCGUCUGUGUGUUGCAGAAGCUGCUGAGCAGGGCCAGCGACCCAGCGUGAUCCAUGUACUUGUGAACACCGUGAUUUUCCAGCUCUCUUUUUCCACCGGCGGAUCUCCGCUUGGAGAGGCUGCAGUAGGAAACCAUGGGGGGUGGGUGGGGGUGUUUUGAGUUUCUCGUUCCAUCCUGGGUAUGUCUAAAAAAAAUAAAAUCUAAAAAAAAAAAAAAGACAAAAACUUCAAAAAAAAACACAAAAAAAAGAGAAAAAAAAGCAAACAAAAACAAGUAGAAGCAAACAGACAGUGUCCGGGUUGGGCAGCCGCGGCUCUGGAGGUGAGGACAGCUCCGGCACCCACAGCAGCCGCUCUCAACAGCCUUUGGAAGAGCGCAGGAGCCGCCGGAGCGGCACGGCCGGGCAGGCAAGUGGUGAUGCAGAGAAAGGACUUUGCCAACUGUGUUUUUAAUGGAGUAAAAUCCAUGUGGUUUAUAUAUUUUUUUUCCUUUAAUCUUGGGCAUUUCGUUUCUCUUUCUGAGAACAUAACUUGAAAACACUACAGAGCCAAUACUCAUAUAAAGAAAAAUUGUAUCCCAUAAAUGCUGUACAGUUUUUAUAUACAUUAACAAUGUACUUUUGCUGCCUUCUAGAUAAUUUAUUUUGCAACACAUUACUGCACAGUUGUAAAUAACUUAUGUACUGUAACAUCACUUUCAGUUAUGUGUAAAGAAAUAAAUAAAUUAAUUAAAAUUA